AGAAACCUCGCUAAUAAAAAAAAAAACUGGAAUAAACCUCUCCCAAAUUACCUCCAAUCCGAAUCGGCGAUCCGGAUCCACAAUGUCCGUCCGCCAGACGAUGACCCGCUUCCCGCUCAACCCGGCGGAGCAGGAGGCGUGCGGCGUUCCGUGGGGCAUGACGGUGGCGCCGUUCGCCGCCUUGGACGAGAACGGCGUCGCGCCGGUCUACGGAUCCAACGGUGAGCUGCUGCCGCGAUGCGAGAAUUGCUGGGCCUACUACAACACCUACUGCGAGCUGGAUCAGUGGUCGUGGGACUGCUCCCUCUGCGGCACCACCAACGGCCUCUCCACGCAGUCCAUCGCCCAAUACUCGUCGCCAAAUUCCUGCGCCGAGAAUAUCUCCUCCUUCAUCGACCUCGAAUUACCUCAGGAAGGAUCCGAAGAAAUGAAGGCAAGGCCAGUGUAUGUUGCUGCUGUUGACCUCUCUUCAUCAGAAGAGUUUCUGGAACUAACUAAAAGUGCUCUUUUAGCAGCAUUGGAAGCACUGGGGCCCGGGUCACUUUUUGGUCUUGCUACAUUCAGCCAUAAAAUAGGCUUGUAUGAUGUUCAAGGGCCCAUUCCUGUAGUCAAGAAUGUCUUUAUUCACCCAGAGUCUCUUGAAAACCUAACAGUGGAGCUUGAGGAUGUUAUGCCACUGUUUUCAUUUCUGGCUCCAGUGGACACUUGCAAAGACCUUAUUGCAUCUGCCCUUGAAACUCUAAAACCAACAACUUCCUGGGAACGGACUACAGCUGCUGGUCAAGGAGUAGAUGGUGUUUUACUUGGUGGGCGAGGAUUUGGGGUUGCAAUGGAAGCUCUGCUCAAGUAUCUUGGAUCAGAGUAUGGGAAUACAUAUGCGCUGGCCAGAGUUUUUGCCUUUCUAUCGGGUCCUCCGGAUUAUGGUCUUGGCCAGCUAGACACCAGACGAUACGGUGAACAGUAUGCUAGUAAAGGAGAGGACGCUGAUCGUGCUUUACUCCCUGAGCAGACUCCAUUUUAUAGAGAUUUGGCUGCUGUUGCUGUUCAAGCCGGUGUAUGUGUGGAUCUAUUUGCUGUUACAAAUGAAUAUACUGAUCUAGCAUCUUUGAAGUUUCUAAGCAUUGAGAGUGGAGGCUCUUUGUUUCUAUAUUCAAGUACUGAUGAUUCAACACUUCCUCAAGAUAUGUACCGUAUGUUAAGUAGACCAUAUGCUUUCAAUUGUGUUCUCCGUGUCAGGGCAUCAUCUGAAUUUAAGAUUGACCAUUCAUAUGGGCACUUCUUCCCAGACCCGGAGUAUGAAAAUGUUCAGCACAUCAUCUGCUGCGACUCUUUUGCCACAUAUGCCUAUGACUUUGAUUUUCUGGGUGAUACUGGAUUUUCACUGCACAGCAAAGAGCGCCCAACAUUACAGAUUGCAUUUCAAUACUCAGUGGUUGUGCCUCCAAAUGAACUGUCAGGGUCAAGUUCAGGAACUUCAAAGAGAGAUACAUAUUCCCUGCAAAGGAGACUGAGGAUUAGAACUGUACAAUUUGAAGCUGCUCGCAAUAUCAACGAGAUUUAUGAUACUGUGGAUCCUGAAGUCAUUCUCUCCAUACUUGUUCACGAGGUGAUUUUGUCUUCGCUAGAGCAAGGAAUUCGGGAGGCUAGGAUUUUACUGCAUGAGUGGCUUGUAAAUCUUGUCGCUCAGUAUAAUGAUGCUUUCAAGCUUUUUGAACAUGGAAGAGGAAGUUUAACAACUUCCCGUGUUGAUGUUGCCUUCAGCCAAUGCCCUCAGCUGCAAUCUUUACCCCGCUUAAUUUUUGCUUUGCUACGGAAUCCUCUUCUUCGGUUUCAUGAAGAAGGUGUUCAUCCAGACUAUCGGAUAUAUCUUCAGUGUUUGUUCAGUGCCCUGGAACCUUCUUCACUUAGCCGUGCUAUAUAUCCUUCAUUGGUGUCGUAUGAAUCUCCAGAAAAACAAGCAUUCCCUCGCCAUUCCCUGAGCCGUGCUGCACUAAUAACAAGUGGCAGCCCAAUUUUUUUCCUCGAUGCUUUCACAAUGCUCAUUGUGUUCUAUUCCUCCACAGCUGACGCUUCCCUUCCUUUCCCUCCGCCCCAGGAUUGCCUUUUGAGAAGAAACAUCAACAAACUGAAGCAAGAGCGGAGUAUUACUCCUAAACUGAUUUUUAUAAGAGGGGGGAAGGACGAUGCAACGGUUUUCGAGAACUAUCUUAUCGAGGAACAGGACGUGGAAGGAAGUGGGUUCACUAGUGUUAUGGGUUUCGUCUCCUUCCUCGACGAGAUCAACCAAGAUGUGCUAGAAUACAUCAACAAACCAAAUGGUAAAUAGUGUUAGAAUACAGGAGUUGGAAUACAAAGUUGGUAAUUGUGGAUACAGAAGGUUAGUUCCCAAAUGGAGAAGCAGAUUGUCGUCGUCCAUGGGAAUUAUGUUGUUAAUCAAUCAUGUAUUGACUUUACUUUACUGUAGUGCUUUGUUUAUUUUUCAGGUUCUGUAUUGCUUUGUAAUAUUAGACCGUGGAAGGAGUUGAUUAUUUUGGGAUUCCAGAUUCCAAUUUCUUUUCUCCUC